AUGUCUCGCCCCCAGAACAUCGGUAUUAAGGCCAUUGAGGUCUACUUCCCCAGCCAGUGUCUCGAACAGACCGAGCUGGAGAAGCACGAUGGCGUUAGUGAGGGAAAGUACACAAUUGGUCUCGGUCAGACCAAAAUGAGCUUCUGUGAUGACCGCGAGGACAUCUACUCCAUUGCCCUUACCACCCUUUCCUCCCUCAUGAAGAAGUACAACGUCGACCCCAACUCGAUCGGUCGAUUGGAAGUCGGUACCGAGACUCUGCUGGACAAGUCCAAGUCCGUCAAGUCCGUCCUCAUGCAGCUCUUCACUCCCCACGGAAACACCAACGUUGAGGGUAUCGACACUGUCAACGCCUGCUACGGAGGAACCAACGCCCUUUUCAACAGCAUCAACUGGGUCGAGUCUUCCGCCUGGGACGGCAGAGAUGCCGUCGUUGUUUGUGGUGACAUUGCUCUCUAUGCUAAGGGUGCCGCCCGCCCUACUGGUGGUGCUGGCUGCGUGGCCAUGCUGAUCGGUCCCGACGCCCCUAUCGCCUUCGAACCUGGUCUCCGUGCUUCGUACAUCACCCACGCCUAUGACUUCUACAAGCCCGAUCUCACCAGCGAGUACCCCGUUGUUGACGGCCACUUCUCCCUCCGAUGCUACACUGAGGCCGUUGAUGCCUGCUACAAGGCCUACGGUACCCGUGAGAAGACCCUGAAGGAGAAGGCCCAGAAUGGCACCAAUGGCGUCACCCAGGACGAGUCCAAGACUGCCCUCGACCGCUUCGACUACAUCCUCUUCCAUGCUCCCACUUGCAAGCUUGUGCAGAAGUCAUACGCUCGCAUGCUCUACAACGACUUCCUCGCUAACCCCACCCACCCCGCGUUUGCUGAAGUUGCCCCCGAGCUGCGUGAUCUCGACUACGAGACCUCUCUGACCGACAAGAACGUCGAGAAGACCUUCAUGGCUCUGACCAAGAAGCGCUUCGCCGAGCGCGUGCGCCCUGGUCUUGACGUUGCCACCCUGUGCGGUAACAUGUACACCGCCACCGUCUACGCUGGUCUCUGCUCUCUGCUCAGCAACGUCACAUUCGACCCUAGCCAGCCUCCUAAGCGCCUGGGUUUCUUCUCCUACGGCAGUGGUCUUGCUAGCUCUCUGUUCAGCGCCAAGAUUGUUGGCGACGUUUCAUACAUUGUUGAGAACCUGAAUCUGCACAAGCGUCUCAACUCCCGGACUGUCCUGUCUCCCAAGGACUACGAGGCCAUGUGCGAACUCCGUGAGCACGCCCACCUGUCCAAGGACUUCAAGCCUUCUGGCAACCCUGAGACACUUUUCUCCGGCACAUACUAUCUCACCGAGAUCGACGGCAUGUUCCGCCGCAAGUACGAGAUCAAGGCAUGA